AUGGCCCUUUCCACUACAAGACAGCUGUCUCCCAUGGCUCUACCAAGACAGACCCCACUCGAGGCUGGAGCCCAUAGAAAAGUUCCCAAACCCGAAAUUUCGCUUCCGACGACUAGGGUCUGCUUCGACCUUAUUACUCACCGACCCUGGGGACACAAGGUCAAGGCGCACGUUAUUUUUGUGGGCACUUCGGGGUUUUCUCGGUUAUUUCCUUCCUUUUUCCCACCUCCUUGUCCUUACUUGGUCCAUCUACGUUUCACUUUCCCAAGUGUGUCUCAACUGCCAAGUCAAGCACAUCAACAAGAAGGAAGAGCCUGUCUCUACUUCCCUCUGUCCCACUCCUUUCAGAAGCAGGCACGCCGACAUCCAGGGCCAGACUCUCGGCACUUCCCCUUUCCUCCACGCGCUCCCGGGGAAGCAGCUCUUCCAAGGCUGCAAGCUGCGGUGUGUCUGAGCCCCCUCCCUGGCCAGGUGGGGCAGGAUGGGCCAGGCCAAGGUCAAGGCGACUGGAUGCAGCGAGAGCGGAGGAGGCGGUCCGGGGCAGCUGUCUUGGGAGAGGCAGAGACGCGUCGCUGGCUGGGCGAGCAAAGCCAGGCUGGAUUGAGCGAGGGCUUCUCCCUCCUCCAGGUGGGAGCUGGGACGAAGAACCCUUUAUUUGUAGAGGAGCAGAGAGAGCCGCAGGACUGUACCUCCUCCUGCCAGCUCUCCGCCUCUGCCAAGUCGCGUGACAGUAGGGAUGAGAAUUGGGAGAGGAGGGGCCAAGGCAAAUAUGAAAGUCUGCCCAAAAAAAAAAAAAGACUGAAGUACUUGUUUUAGUGUAAGCUGCCCCGGCAAUAUGA